UGAAAUGGGGGCAUCAGUGGAUUAAAGAGAUUCUCAAAAUUGUCUACAUUAGAAUUUAUCUACAUGAUUUACAUCACAUCAAAUAUUUUUUGCUUUUUUUUUUUUUUGUUUUUUUAAAUUUCCCUUUUGCAUAUAAGCCUAUCACCUCUGUAUAUAUAUUCAAUUGAAUCCCUCUACAUUCUUCGAAGUAUAUGCUAAUGUGGUUUGUGUCAUUCCUAUUUAAUUUCAAACUGGGGUUUUGAUUUUUCAAUUGGGUUCCAUCUUAUUUGGGUUUUGAAUUGUGUUAUUGUUCAAUCUGUUGUCAAAUUCAGUAGAGUGUUUAUCAGGGUUUUGGUAUUUUUCUUUUCUCAAUCAAUGGGUUUUGAUUGGGACAAAGUGCUUCAAAGUUCCAGCAAAUUCUCUGUUUCCACUGGAAAAAAGCAGCACAGAAAAAACGUAGUUGCAGCGACAACAACAAAUGCGAUUACUGAUAGCUUAAGCACCAUUGCAGGUAAAGUUGAAGAGAAGAUUCCUGUACGCCCACUCAAGUGUUCCAAGAGUGAUGGGUCGAUGAGGAAUUUGAAGCAUGAAAAUUGCGGGAAGGAUAUGUCCGGGUUGAAAUCAAUAAAGGUGGGUUCUAGAAAUGGCAGGCAUUUGAAUGUGAAAAAUCAAAGGGUUUUGAUCCAUGAAAAAGAAAGAGUAAUGUCAGGUGUGAAAGGUAAUCCUUUGCCUAAUCUCACUCCUAAUCCAUCUCCUUCUUCUUCUUCCCGCAAUUCAAGAAAACGCUUGCUUCGAUCUAACUUGUCAAUUGACGGGAGCCUGAAAACUGCAAAGACAGAAACUUCAAAGCCCCCUGUACGCAUAGAUAACAGAAGUGUUGUCAGUGAGAGUUCUGGCAGUUCGCACCUCGGACUUCUGACACCCAAGAGUACACAUGGUGGAGACAUUCUUUCGUACGGGAACAUAUACAAGGCUUCCAAAAAUUCAAUCUCCGAAAAAGAUCCACCACAUUCAAAAAAUGUUCAGGUAAAUGACAUUGUGCCUCAAGGUAAUGGUGAUAUGUUUUCUGGUGUAUUUUCACCAGUGCAGAGAACAAAUAACAAUGUUUUCGGCUUUGGUGGGCGUAACUAUGGUCAUGGAAGCAUUAUUAAAGGUGUGAUGAAUGUGGAAAAACUCAGAAGCAAGCGCGAGGUUAUUGACAUAAAGGGCAUGACAGAUAAGCAGAACAGCUUGAUUCCGAAAUCAACUUCGCAAUUUGAGAGUGUGGAAGAACUCAAGAAUGCAGGCAACGAGAAAUACAGGAGAGGUCUCUUCAUGGAGGCAAUAUCCUUUUACAAUAAGGCCAUUGAGUUGUGUCCUCAAAAUGCAGCCUGCCAUAACAAUAAGGCUGCAGCAUUGACAGGCCUUGGCAAACUUACGGACGCUGUUGAAGAGUGCCUGCAGACCAUCAAUUGUGAUCCAUCUUACUGUCGUGCUCAUUUUCGGCUCGGAACUCUUUAUACCAGGUUGGGCAUAAUAGAAAAUGCAAAAUGGCAUUUCAAAUUAUCAGGACAUGGUCAUGGUUCAGAAGUUAUGCAGCGUCUACUACAUCUCGAGGAUCAUUUGAGAAAUAUGGAAAAGGCCCAAAAAGAGGAAAACUGGGAUAAUGCUUUGGCAGAAAGCACUCUAUCCAUACAAGCUGGAGCUGAUGCAUCAGACCAGGUUGUUGCUGUAAAAGGUGAAGCUCUGUUAAAACUUCAUAAGGCAAAGGAAGCUCUUGAACUUUUGAUGGGAUUCAGAAAUUCAUCAGAGUGUAGAUCAAGAAGAGCUUACGAAGAGUCUUCGUCCUUGCUGUUACUAGAAACUCAGGCAUAUUUGUAUCUUGGCAGGUUUGAGGAAGGGAUUGUUGCUGCAGAACAAGCUGUCAAAUUGGACCCCAAUUCCAAGUCAUUUUUGUGGCUGAAAAUAGCUACUUGUGUUGGCGAUGCUCGCAAGGCUGGAAAUGAAUAUUUCAAAGCAGGAAAGUACUUGGAGGCGCGAACAAUGUAUGACAAGGGUCUGCAGUAUGCUCCCAAGAAUAGCAUCUUACUUUGUAAUCGAGCAGCAUGCAGAUCUGAGCUUGGACAGUGGGAAAUGGCCAUUGAUGAUUGCAGUGCUGCAUUGAGAAACCGGCCUAACUAUUCCAAAGCUCUUCUAAGGCGCGCGCGUGCUUAUGCCAAACUUGGACGUUGGGAAGAAUCUCUCAGGGAUUAUUUAACAUUGAGCAAGGCAAUACCUGAAGAUCAAACCAUUUACGAUUCGCUGCUUGAAGUACAGAUGGAACUGAAAAAGGCCCAAUAUUUGUAAAAUUUAGGUGGAAGAAGGAGAACAAUAAUGCUCCAUAUUUAAUAGGUAUCAACUCAAAAGGUACAGAGUGUUGGGUUUAUUGUAGGCGUACACAUGUAUAAGUAAAUAACAUCGAGUAGUAUCUCUCCUCUACUUUCUAAAGUGAAAGUUGAGGGAUCGAGUCUCCUUGACAAAUGAAUGUAUGAGUUUCUUGUGAAAUAUAAGUAUAAUUUUAUUGUACAAACUCUCCUUAAAAAGUAAAGUUUCUUUUUUCUUUUUCA